ACCUCCUUCAGGUAGCGCUUCCGAAGACCCAGAGAGCUGAACAUCUCUCUCGCGCAGUUUUAAUGUCCGCCGGAGCCGAAUGAAGGAUGGAUUUCAGCCUGCUCCGGAACAUCAUCAGCAGAUACUGUGUAGGGGAGGAGAUCUGGGUGGACACUCGGACGGUGUACAUCGGGCAUAAAGAGCCUCCUCCAAGAGCUGAGGCUUACAUCCCUCAGCGUUAUCCCGACAACCGCAUUGUCUCCUCCAAGUACACCUUUUGGAACUUCAUCCCCAAAAAUCUGUUCGAGCAAUUCAGAAGGAUCGCCAACUUCUAUUUCUUGGUCAUAUUUUUGGUCCAGCUUAUAAUUGACACCCCCACCAGUCCAGUCACCAGUGGCCUGCCCCUCUUCUUUGUUAUCACUGUCACAGCCAUUAAACAGGGCUAUGAGGACUGGCUCAGACACAAAGCUGACUGCUCCAUAAAUGAGUGUCCGGUGGAUGUGGUGCAGCAGGGGAAGGUGGUGAGGACGCAGAGUCACAAACUACGGGUGGGUGACAUCGUCAUGGUAAGAGAGGACGAGAUUUUUCCCUGUGACCUCAUCUUUCUCUCCUCCAGCCGAUACGAUGGCAUCUGCUACGUCACCACCACCAGCCUCGAUGGGGAGUCAAGUCACAAGACCUAUUAUGCUGUACCAGAUACCAUGGCCUUUAGAACAGAGCAGGAGGUGGACUCGCUACAUGCCACUAUUGAAUGUGAACAACCACAACCUGACCUCUACAAAUUUGUGGGACGCAUCAACAUUUACAAGGACAAAGAGGAGCCCGUCUCGAGAACACUUGGAGCUGAAAACUUACUUCUCAGAGGAGCCACACUGAAGAAUACACAACAUAUUUAUGCUGUGGCUGUCUACACUGGCAUGGAGACCAAGAUGGCGCUUAAUUACCAGUCGAAAUCUCAGAAGCGCUCUGCUGUUGAGAAGUCCAUGAACACCUUUCUGGUUGUGUACUUGUGCAUCUUGAUCAGUAAAGCUGUGAUUAACACUGUCCUGAAAUACGCCUGGCAGUGGUCUCCUGACCGAGACGAGCCCUGGUACAACCACAGGACUGAGAACGAGCGCCAGCGCCACGUGGUUAUCCGAGCCUUCACAGACUUCCUGGCCUUCAUGGUCUUGUUUAAUUACAUCAUCCCAGUUUCCAUGUAUGUCACGGUGGAGAUGCAGAAAUUUCUCGGCUCUUAUUUUAUCGCUUGGGAUGAGGAGAUGUUUGACGAAGAGCUGGGACAGGGAGCUCAGGUGAACACUUCUGACCUAAACGAAGAGCUGGGACAGGUGGAGUAUGUGUUUACUGAUAAGACCGGCACUCUGACUGAGAACAACAUGGAGUUUAUCGAAUGCUGCGUUGAUGGCAACGUCUACAUUCCACAUGCAAUCUGCAACGGUCAAAUCCUCAGCGCUGCCUCUAGCAUAGACAUGAUCGAUUCCUCUCCUGGAGGAUACAGAAGAGAGUAUGAGGAUCUGUUUUUCCGGGCGCUGUGUCUGUGCCACACGGUGCAGGUGAAGGAGGAGGAGACGGUGGACAGCAUCAAGAGAGGCAUCCACCAGGGCAGGCCCACCUCCUUCUACAUCUCUUCCUCACCAGAUGAAGUAGCUUUGGUAGAAGGAAUGAAACGGCUGGGCUACACUUAUCUGAGACUGAAAGACAGCUACAUGGAGAUCCUCAACAAAGAUGAUGAAAUUGAAAGGUUUGAGCUGCUCCAUGUGCUGAACUUUGACUCUGUCAGAAGAAGAAUGAGCGUCAUAGUCAAGUCAAGCUCAGGAGAGUACCUGCUGUUCUGCAAAGGUGCCGACUCAUCCAUUUUUCCACGAGUAGUAUCUGGAAAGGUGGAGCAAGUUAAAGCCCGAGUGGAGCAGAAUGCUGUAGAGGGGCUUCGGACUCUGUGCGUCGCCUAUCGAAGGUUGUCCCAGGCUGAUUAUCAGGAAGCGUGUCGUCACCUGACUGAAGCCAAGCUGGCCCUGCAGGACAGGGAGCAGAGGCUGGCGCAGGCCUAUGACGUCAUCGAGAGGGACUUUGUCCUUCUGGGUGCUACAGCAGUGGAGGACAGGCUCCAGGAGAAAGCUGCGGACACCAUUGAGUCGCUGCACAAGGCUGGGAUAAAGGUUUGGGUCCUCACAGGGGACAAAAUGGAAACGGCUACUGCUACGUGCUACGCCAGCAAGCUGUUUCGUCGCAGCACCCAGAUCCUGGAGCUGACCAAGAAACGCACAGAAGAGCAGAGCUUGCAUGAUGUUCUGUUUGAACUAAACAAGACAGUUCUUAGACAACGCUCCAUAUCUGGAUUGUUAGUAGACUGCCUGGAUUUCGGCCUAAUUAUCGACGGGGCUACUCUCUCUGCAUUAUUAAAGCCAAACCAGGAGGUGGCCGGCCAUGGCAACUACAGAGAGAUCUUUCUAGAGAUCUGUCGCAACUGUAGCGCGGUUCUCUGCUGUCGCAUGGCGCCGCUGCAGAAAGCACAGAUUGUAAAGCUAAUCAAAGCUUCUAAGGAGCAUCCCAUAACCCUUGCUGUUGGCGAUGGAGCCAACGAUGUCAGCAUGAUCUUGGAAGCACAUGUAGGCAUUGGCAUCAUGGGUAAAGAAGGCCGACAGGCAGCCAGAAACAGUGACUACGCGAUACCGAAGUUCAAACACCUGAAGAAGAUGCUGCUUGUUCACGGCCACUACUACUACAUCAGGAUUGCUGAGCUAGUUCAGUACUUCUUCUACAAGAAUGUAUGCUUCAUCUUCCCUCAGUUCCUGUAUCAGUUCUUCUGUGGGUUCUCCCAGCAGCCUCUGUAUGACACAGCAUAUUUGACGCUGUACAACAUCAGCUUCACAUCCCUCCCCAUCCUCCUGUACAGCCUGGUUGAGCAGCACGUCACCAUGGAGACACUGAAGAGAGAACCCUCGUUGUACAGGGACAUUGCCAAGAACUCCCUCCUCCGCUGGCCUGUCUUCCUCUACUGGACAUGCCUGGGUGUGUUUGACGCCUUCAUCUUCUUCUUUGGUGCCUACUUCCUGUUUGACAACACCACCUUCACCAGCAAUGGCCAGCUUAUGACCACCAACACACAGAUGAUGUUUGGAAACUGGACAUUUGGGACACUCGUCUUUACUGUAUUGGUGUUCACCGUUACACUCAAGCUUGCCUUGGACACACAUCACUGGACUUGGAUCAACCACUUUGUUAUCUGGGGAUCACUACUUUUCUAUGUUAUAUUCUCUCUCCUCUGGGGCGGCAUCAUUUGGCCCUUCCUGAACUACCAGAGGAUGUACUACGUGUUUAUGCAGAUGCUGUCCAGUGGUCCGGCAUGGCUCAGCAUCAUCCUCCUCAUCACCGUCAGUUUGCUGCCAGAUGUCAUCAAGAAGGUUCUCUGCAGGGCCACAUGUCCCACAGCGACCGAGCGCGCACAGGACUGUGAGAAGUUGCUGCCAGGCGGCAUGGCAGAGUUGACUUCACUGUCUUUCCAUCGUCGGUCCUACAAAGGCAGGAGCACAGAUUCCUCCCACCUCUGCCUUGGUGCUGCAGAGACGCUGUCCCUCCGCAGGUCUAAUCCUCUUCCCCAGAAACUCCUCGCUCACUUUACAGAAGGAGCUGCAGCUGACACAGUCAGCCCCUACAUGUUUCGUUUCUCAGGGGCAGGAUUUGCCUACUACGCUCCGGGACCGGAGACCUCGGUGUGAGACGAUGGGAAAACCAAAAGAGUCUGCGGUAUCGCCCCGAGAUGUGUGACGAAGUCCUGCGUUGGUUUUACAGAACGACGUGUUGAAACACUUCAGAAGCUCUGCUCCAUGCUCAGUUCAUGCGCAUUUCCUGGUCUACACCUGAAUGGACAACUUUUUUAGAUCGAGUUGCCGUCGUACUUUUAUAAUUUCAUGCUUUUUG